AUGUCAAAGAAACAGAAACAUCUCUUCUUUAAAUCCCCAAAUCUUAAUAUAUGUCCCUUCGUUCACUCCCACUCUCUCCACCGUCGGUUACGCGUCGCCGACAUUCUUCUCGCCGACCAAGACCACGGCGGCGUCGGUUGCAUGGACGCCGUCCGAGAAACAUCGUCGAACAAGUGCUUUUCGCCUCGCAGGCUCGUUGCUUCGUUGCUCUCGCCUCUGAGGCCGGCCAAGGGUCUCCGACUUCAGCAACGGCGGCAGAACGAGACUGCUGAUUUGGACGCGCCGCCUUCGCCGACGAAUGUACUGAAAGGAAGCGAUGAGUCAACAGGACAGUUACAUGAGAGUGAUACGUCUUUUAAGCUAGGAGUUGGUUGUGGCUUGCUAUAUCUGCUUGCAGCAAAUAAAAAUGAGCUCGACAAGAUGGUUGAGCUGCGGAAAGAAAUGGAGGUGCUCCUUCAAAACGUGAAAGGGGAACUACAGAGUAAAGAUGCGCCUCUUAAUCCAUUGAAACAAAAUGACGCUCUUGCCCUUUCUAUAACUGAUAUACAAGACGUUUCCAGCUCUCAUAGUCACAUUUCUAUUCAUUCACAAACCCGGUAUGUUCAACCAGAGUCAAAAAGCAGUAUGGUUCCUAAUGGUUUUUUAGAGUGUAACAUAAGUGAACAAGGUAAAUGCGCGGAAGAAAUAAAUGAUCUCCAGGCAGAAUUUGAAAUUGAGCUACAGAGGUUGCAGAUGUAUUUGGAUGGAGAAGCUGGAUUCAAAGAUGCAAAACAAGAGGGAGUCAAGGUAACUGUUAAAGACUUUAGUUCGAAAAGUAGCCAUAGUUCAAGCUUUGGUGAAAUAAUAAUGGAACCUCUAGGAGCAAGCUAUGACGUAUCAUUUGGAGUUCCUCCAAUUGAACUGGAGAGAAGGUUGCAUGAACUGCUUGAAGCAAGACUAGAAGAACGGAUAACAGAGCUUGAGUCUGCAUUAGAAUGCACCACACAAAAGCUUAUCAAGAAAGAGAUAGAGGUUACUUGGUGGAAAGACACCGCACGACUUCUCUCACAACAUGUUCCAGAAACUUCUCGGUUUACUUUCCCACUUGAUCCUGAGGUUGCUUUGAAGUUGAGUAAAUUUGUAGGAUAG